UGGGAUGGAGGCUGGGCCUACAAGCGGUCACGGGCGUGAUCUUUCUCACUUUCCUGAUGGGGACAUUCUACAGAUCGGCGUCUCUGUACCACCCGCAGCGCCGCGCCAUCUUGCACCUGAAGAACCAGAAGCGCAAAGUGAAGGAGAAGAACCGCCAAGACGACAAGCCGCCCUUCUUCGACCUCACCACCCUCAGGAGCAGGACAGUACAAAUCCUCCUGGUGUCCAUAGGACUCUCCUCCUUCGGCAUUACCACUCCUAUUAUUUAUUUGGCACACCAAGCCGAAGAAGAGGGCCUCGAAGAUUCGUCCGUCCUCCUCCUGCAGACGUACCUGGGCGUCGGCUGGGUCAUCGGCUGCUGCGCCUUCGGCUUCGUCGUGGUGCAGAAGAACACAGAGUGCCGGGUAGGGCGCCAGUACCUCUGCCAGGCGUCCAUGUUCCUCUGUGGCGUGGCUACCCUCGCCUUCACCGCUGUAGAAGGUUACCAUGGUUACGUGAUGUUCGCCUGGCUGUACGGAAUCUUCUGUGGUGGGUUUCAUUACUCCCUGAAGAUGUACACGUACGAAAAAGUCCGUGCCCGGAACUUCGCCCGUACCUGGGGCUUCGUGCAGUGUUCCCAAGCGAUUCCCACGGCCAUUGGUGUGCCCAUCACAGGGUACAUCAACAUUGGCUAUGGAGACAAAGCCGGUUAUUAUUUUUCAUCGACUUUCGUGAUUUUUGGAUCCAUGACAAUCUUUCUCAUCGACAUACAUCGAAGAAACGUUGCUAAGCAGAAGAAUAGUCAUAAGAACCACGAGACUUCGGAGUCUCACACCUGCGGGAAGCCCUCUUGCCCGGAGGGACGCCGCCGCGACUCCCUGGCCCACCUCACUUUAGACAACCCUAAAGGACACGCUCCGUCCCUGGCCGUCUUGCAGCAGCGGUCCUUCACCUUCGACCCCCAGGAGCCCCGGAGCAAGCCGGAGCUCACCUGCAUAUCUGAGGAAGGCAUCGCCGACAUGGACCUCCCGGACCACCUCUUCGAGGAGCUCGAGUACCUGGGCGACUGCAUCACCUCCUGCGACAAGGUCGAGAACUAUCUCAUGAUGAGCGAGUACGAGAACAACCUCAAACAUAACGACAUCUCGUCAGUUCCUUACAUCCUCGACAGACGGGGCAAGAGACGCCUGCUGUCACUGACGAGGCAGUCGUCUUCAUCCGCUGCCAACUGCAAAGAUGCCUCGUCGCCGAGGAAGCCCGAAAGGGCGGCUGCUUCUUCUUCUUCCGUGGGUGGUGGUGGAGGAGGAGGAGGAGCAGGAGGAGGAGGAGGAGGAGGUUCGGGCGCGGCUGGUGGUGUAGUGGCGCGGGUGGGUGCGGGGGGUGGUGUAAUGUGUGGCGCCACUUCGACUCAGGAGCAUCAGCCGCCCCCAAUCGCGGGCGCGCAGAGACCUACUACUCUGUUGUCGGGGAAUUUCCGCAGUAUUACAGUGAUAGAGGAAGCGUCUGUCUGAAAGUAGACUGUGACACAGCUAUGCCGCCUUCAUGGUGUCUAUUCUGCCUUCGUAGUCAAGAAUUGUGAAAUUAACCCGUCAUUUUGAACAGGAUAUUAAUCCUGAUUUUGAAAAGAUGUUUAUUAGGGAAAAUAUGAUAUCACUUGAAAGAUUCCUCCCGUAGGUAAGUGGCUGUUGCUUUACUUUUCUAUGGAAACGUCUUCCAUGAUAAGAAGGACAAUAGGCUGAGAAAUAUUUAUACGAAUCUGGUGGACUUCUUACUUACUUACAUAACAUAGGCUUCAUGAAAUCUUAGUCAAUUUGUUUUUAUACUCGAGAGAGCCAUUUGGGCGUGAGCUGCCACAAUUUAAUAUACUUUUUUAAAAACCAAAAAAGUUUUCUAAUUGAGAUGACUGAAUGAAUUAGGCGUAGUCAUGACCAAUGCUUUCUGCUUCCGUCAGGAGAAUUACGCAUGUGUGAAUUCGAGGCAGUACUGUGUCUUGCAGUGUAGAAUAAUAAUAAAUAUGGCCUAGGAUUGGAAUUCCAGUCGACUGAUGAAUACAGUAGCCAAAUUUGAAAGUAUACUCAAGAGGUAUACUAAGCCUUCUGGGUAAUUACAGGCAGUCCCCGGCUUACGAUGGGUUUCCGUUCUUGUGAUGCGUUGUAAGCCGGAAAAUCGUCAAAAAUCUUAAGAAAACCUUACUUUUAAUGCUUUGGGUGUAUUAAAAUUAUGCAAACUGCAUGUUUAUUGCAUUUUUCAUCAAAAAAAACCCUUCAAAUAUUGAUUAUUUUGCAUUUUUGGAGUCAUAUUUCUGUCGGCAGAUCGGCAUCGAAAGCAUUAUAACACUGGAAGAUGCACACAUACCUGGAAAUCAUUUCUGAUGAAUAUGAUUGAAAAGCGUCAUAACCACGGAACGUCGUAAGCCGAACCCAUUGUAAGCCGGGGACUGCCUGUAAUUACAAAAGCCUAAUUUCAUAACCUUGAAAUUGAAGAUUAUUUACCAAACCACCCAGUCCAACUUGACUAAAUUAGCUCAUUGUAUGUAUAUCAAAUUUAAUUUAGGAAAUAUUAAAUGCAAUGCAGUGCUAUGAUCGUCAGAAAGUAAAACAAAGGAAUGCCACGCCCAUCAGAUAACUAGUCCAUUAUUGGGUAUCCAUUAAUGAGUGUUUUAGUAUUCAGUAAUACAAAUUGAACUUUUUGACAACCGAGUGUACCCAUUCACGACUUGCUGUAUGUCUCAGGCUUCCUGUCCCAACUUAAGCUGGACCACCAAGUUCAACGAAAAGUGUUGUAUACCGUCCAAAUUUAUAAAUGAUAAGGCCCCCUUAAUACAUGGAGUUUCCCGAAACUGUAAAAGUGUACAAUUAAGAUGAAGCUUUCACAUUUCACAAAUUUUGCACAUUUGCAUAAUACCCCCAAUAGCUUACCCCCCUCUGCAGGUAGACAAGUAUAUUUUGAAUGUGAGGCUUUCAAUGUAAAUUUUAUUGCACUAGGAUUUUAUUUAUUUUCCAUUAAGUCUUAGGAUUUUAUUUCUGAAUUUGAUGAAGGAAGUAGCCAAGUAUGGUUUCUAGGAUUUCAUUUUGAACUUUAUUCCAUAAUGGGAUUAACGGAAUACGUAUGUUUUCUUGGGAUUUGAUGUGCAGUAAAAUACUUUACAUAUAUGCGUCAGAUCCAGAUGAAAGAUUGUAGCAUAACAGUGGAACGUAUAGUUUUGAAAAUACUUUACAUAACAAGACAUUAUCUUCAGUUUAAGGAAUUCAAGAUAGGACACUAAAAGCAAAUCUUUUAACUUAAAAAGUCAGUUCCACCUUCCCGAAAGGUCGCUCACUCAAGUCUUCCUGCUCGUGUUAAGAAACCUUCCACUUUCUAUUCAAGGUCCAGCUCCCAAUUUAUGAAAAGCGAUAAGUGAAAGUAGGUCAUGUAUGUUGUUGAUUGAAAUAUGCAUAAAGGAUUAUUGUAUAGUGUAUCCCAUCCCAAAAUCUUACUCUAGGAAGUACAUCAUUGCUGCAACAGAAAGGCCAAAUUAUACGGCACUGUUCAGAAUUGUAUAACAUAUAUGCCUGUAUUCCAUUACUCUUUCAAACGCAUUAAUUCUUGGCUGGAAUUCCAGAUGAAUAUUCAACCCUGUGACUUUCGUUUGUGGAAGCAGUUGAAGCAUUAUUCAUGGUACUGAAGGCUUUUGAGAACUUCAUGAAUGUCACAAAUUUCUCUGACGGGAGUCCAGAGCUCUGAAAAAGAUGGAAGCAAAUAGUCAGUGUUUGUAAACUACUUAAUCAGCGCGAAAGAAGAGAGACCUAAUUUUGUAUGCAGUAUAUCACACAGUACCAUUGUUUAUACAACUUUAGACCAGGUGACCCCCAGCUGUAGUAAAAAAAAAAAAUGAUAAUAAUACAAUGCCAUUGAUAAAGUGAGCCUCAUUCAGUUGUUGUACUUUAGCUGUUUUGUUUCAUGCUAUUUUCCUGACAAAUAGCCUUGAGUGUUAAAAAUGCCAGUGACCACUAUUAGAAAUAGUAGUUGACAAAGCUCUGGUGCAAAGUGAAGCCUACUGGAAAACAAAUGGCCAGUAUCAUGUUGAAUUUAUAUAAGGGAAAUUUAAAAGAUUUUUGUAUUUUAUAAGUGUGAAUGAAGUCCAGGAAGUGAAUGAAAAGCAGAAAUACUAUAUUCAGAUUUUAUGUAAACAGUAAUAAUCCAUUACUUCAUACAGUCUUAUCAACUCGGGCCGCUCCAUUGCAAACAUUUUGUAGUUGCAGCUCCCAGUUGAUUGGAAUGAUUAAAACUACAUCAUUAAAAAAAUAUCUCCCAAGCUUGAAAUUGUUGCUACUUAGAACAUUAUUAGUCUCCGUGAAAGUAACUCGAAGAAAGUAGCCUCAUUUUGAGAUCGAAGUCUGUCUGUUGUACCAGGAACCGCUCUGAAACUACAGGACAAGAAUGUUGUACUGCGUAGCAGCACUCUUUGGAAAUAAUGUCUUCUCCUUUUUUUUGUAAUUUUAUGUGCUGCUUUUCAUGUGCUUCAAGUCAAGCUAGGGAGGUAUGUGCAAUUUCAUCAAUCCUGUAAAAAGCUCCUUUAAGUUGUAUGUGAAAUUGAAUUAAAUGUGGAAAAACC